CCUUUGUGCACUGUUCAGAAACAGCGAUACUGUGUUGCACUUCCAGUUUUGGGACGUAGAACUAUGUGUUGACUGCAAUGGCUGCGUCCACCGACUCAUUUUACCUGGGGUUUGAUUUCAGCACUCAACAACUGAAGGUGGUUGCUGUUGAUGGGAACCUCCGUGUUGUCCACCAGGACAAUGUGCAGUUUGACAGUGAACUGUCAGAAUUCGGGACUCAGGGAGGGGUCCAUAUCCAUGCAGACAGUCUGACUGUCACUUCUCCUGUGCUCAUGUGGGUAAAGGCGCUUGACCUGAUCCUUGGCAAGAUGAAGAAUGCAGGAUUUGACUUCUCACGUGUGAAAGCCCUAUCUGGAAGUGGCCAGCAACAUGGCAGUGUGUAUUGGAGAAAAGGGACCAACCAAGUUCUCAGGGAUCUCCAUCCAGGAAAAGGUUUGCAUGAACUUCUGAAGGGUGGUUUUGCAGUGUCAGAUAGUCCAGUGUGGAUGGACUCCAGCACUACAGAGCAGUGUCAGUACCUGGAGACAGCAGUAGGUGGCGCUCAGAGAGUUGCAGACAUCACAGGCUCCCGGGCCUAUGAGCGUUUCACUGGAAAUCAGAUUGCCAAGAUUUACAAGGCCCAACCAGAGAAGUACGAGGACACAGAGAGAAUCUCAUUGGUCAGCAGCUUUGCUGCCUCUCUCUUCUUGGGCAGCUAUGCAGCUAUUGAUUACAGUGACGGUUCAGGGAUGAAUUUGAUGGACAUAUUCAGCAAACAGUGGGCAGACUCCUGUCUUGAGGCUACUGCUCCUCACCUGGAGGAGAGGCUGGGAGCCCCUGUGCAUUCUUCAGCUGUCUUGGGCCUCCUCUCUCCUUACCAUGUCACUCGUUAUGGCUUCCCAGAGGACUGCAAAGUGGUGGCAUUCACUGGGGAUAACCCAGGGUCCCUGGCUGGGAUGAGGUUACAGGAAGGAGACAUAGCCGUGAGUCUUGGCACUAGCGACACAGUCUUCCUGUGGAUCAAAGAGCCGAGGCCCACAGUGGAAGGACACAUCUUUUGCAACCCAGUGGACCGCACCUCCUAUAUGGCUUUGAUAUGCUAUAAGAAUGGCUCCCUGACCAGAGAGAGGAUCAGAAACAAGUGUGCUGGAGGGUCAUGGGAAGUCUUCUCCUCGGUCCUGAGGACUACACCAAUAGGGAAUGACGGGAACAUAGGGAUUUAUUUUGAUGCCAUGGAAAUCACGCCGUCUGCAGUCGGAGUUCACCGAUUUGACAAAGAAAAUACGAAGGUAGCCGGCUUCUCCGCCCAGGGGGAAAUCCGAGCCCUGGUUGAGGGACAGUUCCUGGCAAAGAGGGUCCACGCCGAAAAGCUGGGUUAUAAGAUCAUUCCAGGAACUCGAGUGCUGGCCACCGGAGGGGCUUCUUCUAACAAGGACAUUCUGCAGGUGCUAUCUGACGUGUUCGAUGCUCCCGUGUACACCAUUGACGUGGCCAACUCUGCCUGUCUAGGCUGUGGCUACAGGGCCCUGCAGGGACUUGUUGCUGAAUCAGGUGUGUCCUUCGCUGAGGCGGUGAGAAAAGCCCCAGAACCCCAGCUAGCAGUGACCCCAACUCCUGGAGCUGACAAGCCUCCAAGUGGAUGAUGUAUUGGCAGCGGUCUCAGCUGAUUUCCACCUUCUGCUGAGGAGAGAUGGAUUGGACAGCCUGGUGGGAGAGAGCCAGAUGUGUUUGUGUGUGUGUGUGUGUGUGUUUACCACAAAAACGCUGUGUAUCUCAGUCCUUCUCUGCUGUGGAAAACAUGCAAACUGCAUAUGAAGAUAUAUACAUUCAUCCUCGGUCAUUAACUGCCAUUACCAAAGAAAGGAUAUUCAAAGAAACAUCUCUUUAGUAAGCGUUUAAGUAAUACAUAUAGCCAAACAUUCUUAAAAACAACUAACUACAUUGAACUAAACAACAAUAUCCAGCAUCAAUUAUUUAAGAAUGUCACAAUUCUCUGAUUCUGAGAACUAACUAUCAGUUAAAGAAUUGGUUGUGUCUCCCUGUCAACCAUGCCCUUGGGACUUUGUAGCUGUGGUAUCUUAUCAAUAAAAGGCCGGAGGCUGAUACUGUCUCCAAAGGAGAACAAGGAACGUACUGCAUCUCCAGAGAAUGUCAUACCACCGAAAUAAUUGCAUUUAUCAUAGCAACGGAUCAUUGAUUGGCAGCCCUUUCUCCUUUUGUUCUCCUUAGCAGAUGAAUGUGGACAACAGGGUGCAUAGGAGGCCUUUAAUAAACAUCUAUAACAGGUCUUCUCAUUCCUCCUGACAAAGGAAACGUUGGCUCUGGCGAAAGAACGGACGAAUACUUAUUGACAAGCUGAAAAAGAACAGAUGACUGGCUUUUCUUUCUACUGCUGCCAUGGCAAGUCUGUCUGGUCGUCACAAACCACUUGAAAGAAGAAUGAUUACUGACUCAAUCUAAAGGAUAUGCUGAUGAUGACGUCCAAGCUAUACAGCAGAAUAUCUUCUCUUUUAUACUUCAUCCAAUACACUUUUUCACUUUCUUUUUUCCUUUUGGACCUUUUUUCAUCGUCUAAGACACCCGCAAAAUUAUAAAAUAUCAUCAGUAAAUCAGAUUUACCUGAUUAAUGAUAUUUAUGAUAUUAGAUAUAUAUUUAUUCCAUUGUGUUAGAGAAUAAAAAAAUAUCAUAAACACAAAUAUUCUUUAAGGUGACAACCAGACAGUAGGAAGAAAGGAAGUUACUUAUUCUUGUCAAUAAGUAUUCAUCAGACGGCUGAUUGAGAACCAUUUUUCUAUUGAUGUGUAUAGUUUUUGUAAUUACAUGGCUCAUCUUUAAUAAAGAGACCUUGGUGUCAGCAUGACUCCCUGUUAAGACAAAGGUUAAAUAAAAUCAACGUUGCACAUGA